AGACUCCCCAUUCGAGGUGGACGGAUGGCACUGUCAACGCUAUUUGACCGUAAUUCAUUUGGUAUCGUCAGGAUCGUGGCCGGAACCAUUGUUCUGGACGAGAAGGGGACCCUGGAAUCUUGUUCUGCAACAGCUGACAUUUCUAUUGUGACAGUGACCACACCAACAGAACUCUCUGUGCAGGCUGGCGCAAAUGUAAAGCUUCCAUGCAUAUUCAUAUCAUCAGAGGAGAUCAGCACUGCCACAUCUGUUACUUGGAGUUUUCAACAAAAGGGAUCAACUGCUCGCCCUAUAACGGUUUCAGCUGUGGAAGUAUACACACCAGCAGAACUUUCUGUGGAGAAUGGAACAGAGGCAAAGCUUCAGUGCACCUUUACGUCCACAGAAGUGGUCAGCAGUGAAGCAUCUGUUACUUGGAGCUUCCAAGCAGAGGGAUCAUCACCGUCUGUGUCGUUCUUCUAUUAUUCCAAUGGAAAGCAAUAUCCUGCUAAAACUACACAAUUUAAGGACAGAACCAACUGGGCUGGAGACCUAAACAAGAAAGAUGCAUCUAUUGCUAUAGCAAACAUGCAGUUUCAAGACAAUGGCACUUACAUCUGUGAUGUCAAGAACCCUCCAGACAUUGUUGUUACACCAGGAGAAAUCAAACUCAGAGUUGUGGAGAAAGGUAUAGGUAACGAAGGUAACUUGUAUGUGUUUCCCAUUGCCCUCAUGGCAGGGCUAGCCAUUCUUGGAGUUCUGGGUUUAAUAUUGCUCAUUGUUCUUAUUAUGUGUGUUGUAUACAGAAAGAAGAAUUCUAAAAAGCAUUAUUCUGGCUGCAGUACCUCUGAGAGCUUGGUGUCUCCAGUUAAGCAGGCUCCACGGAAGUCCCCCUCCGACACAGAGGGUCUGGUAAACAGCGUUCCCAUCCGAUCACACCAGGGCCCAGUAAUUUAUGCACAGUUAGAUCACUCUGGAGGGCAUUGCAGUGACAAGAUCAACAAGUCAGAGUCUGUGGUCUAUGCUGACAUUCGGAAGAACUGAGGAGAUCCCAACUACCCAAAGCUAAACAAAAGUUCAAACUGGAAUUGCUUGAAGAAUAAAUUGACCCAGUGAACUCACAUGUGGCCUUUGAUGCCUAGGCUAGGACCAAUGCAUGUGCAUACAGAGAGAAAGAGAUUAUAUAUGUAUUGUGUGUAAAUAGUCUAUUUAAUCGUACAGAAAGAACAGUGUUGCAUGUUGAAAUAUAAGAAUUCUGCUUAUAAAUUGCCAAUAUUUUUUGUAUCUAGGUUAAGAGGAAGAAAGCAAAUAUUCAUAUUACACCUGUAGGUGAUUUGUUUUAAUUGUUCUAUGGUAAAACUGGAAAAUUCCUGGUUAUCUAAUGGAUUUGAUACUUUGGUUUUUACAGGCUGUUACUUUUGAUGAAUUGGACAUGAAGAAAAGUGUUUAUGUAUGAUUCCUUUUCCUGAUCUGGUGCUUUCCACACUUUUUAAUUUGUCCUCUUACUCCAAGACCUCCAUCCCCAGAUGAAAACACCCACAGUUGGCUUCAUCUCCCAGCCUGGUCUCAUUGGAUAGAAGUAAACAUGUAUAUUCAGGGCAUUAACUAACAUUUGUCUGUCUUUAAGGCAGUGCCCCAUAAACAAAAGGGCUUUUAUACAUACUUGCAUAAUAUUUAAUAAGGCAUUUCUAAUGAUGCAGCAUUAACAAAAUUCCCACAUUUCUCUCCCUCUCUAGCCAUAAAUUCUUAUGGUUCUAUUGAGAUUUUCUCAAUGAAAGUGAAUCUUGGUUUGCUCCUUGAACAAAACAGGACAGUUAAGUAAGAGCUAGGUGAACUUCUUCAGGUUGAUCUUAGCAUGGGUUUUCUGUAAAACUCAUGUGGUCUGCUUAUCAGAUGUGGCAUUUGUAAAAUAAAAUUGUUAAAACUUA